AUGCUGCGCCAAGCGCUGCACGCCGGCCUGAGCGGUGGCUUCCGAGCGCUCGGCCGCUUCGUGGCCGGCCAGCCGGUGCUGUUCGCCUCGGCGCCGCUGCUGCUGGCGGUUCUGCUGGGCGCCAGCUUCAGCCGCUACCGCGUGGAGGACGACGUGCAGAGCCUGCUGGCGCCCAAGCACAGCCUGGCCAAGAUCGAGGGCAACCUGGUGGACAGCCUCUUCCCCAUCAACCACUCCAAGCACGCACUCUACUCGGACCUGCAGACGCCCGGACGCUACGGGCGCGUCAUCGUCACCGCGCGCCGGGGGAACCUCCUCGAGUCGCCGCAUCUCGACGCCAUCCUCAAGCUGCAUCGGCUGAUCUACCAGAUGCAAGUGACGGCGCCCCCUAGCGGCCCAAGCAGCUUCAACUACUCCUUCUCGCACCUGUGCCUGCCGGAUGACAAAAAUGCCUGCAUCGUGGACGACGUCAUCCGCGUCCUGGAGGAGAUCCGCUCGGCGCGCGCCGCCAACCGUUCAUCGCCGAUUCUCCAUUACCCCAUCACGCAACUGGCCGACGGUCGCCGCGCCUACAUCGGACACCAGCUGGGCGGAGUCCAAAACUGGCCCGGUGACGGCGAAGGGGUGCGCUCGGCCCGCGCGCUCCAGCUUACCUACUAUCUCCGGGUACGCGGCGGGUUGACGGAGGGCGUGGCCGGCCAAUGGGAGAAGGCCUUCUGCGCUGAGCUGCGGCAAUUCGCCGCGCUCCACCCGCAGCUCGGGCUCUACCCGGCCACGUCGUCAUCUCUCCGGACCGACUUCCAGUUCUCUUCGGUGCUGGCACGGCGCCCCCUGCUGGCUAGCUUGGGACUGUGCGGGGCGCUAGCCGUGCUGUGCUGUUCCAUGCGGGACUGCGUGCGCUCCAAGCCGUGGUUGGGCGUGCUGGCUUUGCUGUCAGUCACGCUGGCGGGAUUGACGGCCGCCGGGAUUCUUAAUCUGAGCGGCUCCACCUAUAACUCCACCUACUUGGGAAUACCUUUCGUCAUGCUGGGUCACGGCUUGUUUGGCUCCUUCGAGAUGCUAUCGUCGUGGCGUCGUACCCGCGAGGACCAGCACGUCAAGGAGCGUGUGGCCAGCGUCUUUGAAGACGUCAUGCUGCGUUUUUCGGGCUCCACGGCGCUCCACCUUACCACACUGGGCCUGGCCGCCUCGCCGCUCACCAACAUGGAGGCGGUGCGCCUUUUCUGCCGCGCCGCCGCGCUGGCAGUGAGCGUCAGCUACGCCUACAUGCUGUCCUUCUACAGCUCCUGCCUGGUCUUCACUGGCUACCUGGAGACAGGCUACAGGCACGGCUGCUUCUGCCGACGGGUGCCAAAACAGGACCGGUUGGAUUCCAAGCCGGCCUGGUACCGCUGCCUGAUGUACACGCGCUACCAGGAUGAGGCGCAGACCGCCACAGGGACGCCGCACGGGCCUCACCUGCCGCACACGCGCACUUAUGAUUCGCAUCUACUGCUGGGCUGCGUGAGGCGUUGUUACGCAGACUGGAUCACCAAUACCUACGUCAAGCCCUUUGUGGUGCUGCUCUACCUGGUCUACAUCUCCUUUGGACUCAUGGGGUUCCUGCAGGUGGUCCAAGGUUCGGACCCCAGCACCCUAGUGGCGAUGGACACAGCGACAGUGUUGUACACCCGCGCCCAGCAGCGCUACUUCAGCUCCUACUCCCCUGUCAUCGGUUUCUACAUCUAUGAGAGCGCCCCCUACUGGAACGCCACGGUGCAAGGUGACCUGCUGGAGUACGCCAAAGGCUUCCAGCGCAUCAGCUGGCUGGAGUCCUACCUGGCCUACCUUUCAGAGCGCAACCAGUCCACCAGCUCUCCCCGGGAGAACUUCACUCGCACUCUCCGCCUCGACUUCCUGCGCGAGCCUCGCUUUGCGCACUUCGCCGAUGACAUCAUCUUCGCCGAACGGGGCCCUGGGGAGGAACCCGACGUGGCGGCGUCGCGGAUUUUCCUGGUGGCUAAGACCACGGAGAACAAGCGCGAGGAGAUGUCGGUGCUGCUGGACACGUUGCGUCGUUUGUCGCUCACGUCCCGCGUGCGCUUCCUCAUCUUCAACCCAUCCUUCGUGUACCUGGACCGCUACGCUGCCGCCGUUAGCUCGCCGCUGCGGCACUCCCUGUUAGCAGUCCUCUUCCUGUUAGGACUCUCUUCCUUAGCCGUGGUGGAGCCCUUAGUGUCCGUGUGGUUGGGUCUCACCCUUCUUUCGGUUCAGUUCGGAGUUCUGGGCUUCAUGACACUGUGGGGGGUGGAGCUAGACUGCAUAUCGGUUCUAUGCCUGAUUCUGGCGUUGGGUCAUGCCGCCGACUGCAGCGCGCCGCUGCUGUGCGGGUUCGCCGCCGGCCGGGGCGAGGGCAGGACCCGAUGGGUUCGGCUAGCUCUGGAGCGCCACGGCGUACCCUCGCUUCAGGCCUUCUUGUGCUACGGCGCCGCCCUGGUGCCGGUGGGCUCAGUGCGCUCCAACCUAACCCGCACGCUUUUCCGCUGCCUGGCGCUAACGGCCGGCUGCUCCGCCUUGCACGCGCUGGCUUUCCUGCCCGCCCUGCUCACCUUCCUGCCGCCGUCCAAGAGCCGAAGCCGGCGGGGCGAGGCGGGGGACGUGCCCCGACAGGAGGUGGAGUGCGUUGAGAUGGACGGUACUCGAGUGGUCGACCAGAUCACUACCGUCUGA